AUGUCUUCUACCGCUCCUCUUGUCAACACCGCCAAUGGCGGCUCUGCCAACGACAACAUCACCCGCUUCGCACCCCCCAGCCGUGUGCUUUCUCCUCUCAACCAUGCCCUCUUCCACAACAAGACCAGAUGCUUCGUAUAUGGUAUGCAGCCCAAGGCUGUGCAGGGCAUGCUCGACUUUGAUUUCAUCUGCAAGCGCAGCACACCCUCAGUCGCCGGUAUCAUCUACACUUUCGGUGGUCAAUUCGUGAGCAAGAUGUACUGGGGUACCAGCGAGACUUUGCUCCCUGUCUACCAGGACGUUUCCAAGGCCAUGGCCAAGCACCCCGAUGUUGACACUGUUGUGAACUUCGCCUCCUCCCGCUCCGUGUACACCUCUACCAUGGAGUUGAUGAACUGCCCCCAGAUUAAGGCCAUUGCCAUUAUUGCUGAGGGUGUCCCAGAAAGACGCGCUCGUGAGAUCCUCGUCACUGCCAAGGAGAAGGGCAUCACUAUCAUUGGACCCGCUACCGUUGGAGGUAUCAAGCCUGGUGCUUUCAAGAUUGGUAACACUGGUGGUAUGAUGGACAACAUUGUGGCUUCCAAGCUCUACCGUAAGGGCUCUGUUGGCUACGUCUCCAAGUCCGGUGGUAUGUCCAACGAAUUGAACAACAUUGUUUCUCAAAAUACCGAUGGUGUCUAUGAGGGUGUUGCCAUUGGUGGUGAUCGUUACCCUGGUACCACUUUCAUCGACCACUUGCUGCGUUACCAGAACGAGCCGGAGUGCAAGAUCCUUGUGUUGCUGGGUGAAGUCGGUGGUGUCGAGGAGUACCGUGUCAUCGAGGCCGUCAAGAACGGCACCAUCACCAAGCCCAUUGUUGCCUGGGCUAUUGGUACCUGCGCCAGCAUGUUCAAGACCGAGGUUCAGUUCGGUCACGCUGGUGCUUCGGCCAACUCCGACCUGGAGACCGCUGUUGCUAAGAACAAGGCCAUGAGGGAGGCUGGCAUCCACGUCCCCGAGACUUUUGAGGACAUGCCCCAGCUGCUCAAGCAGGUCUACGACCAGGAGGUCAGCAAGGGCAACAUCCAGCCUCAGCCCGAGCCUGUUCCCCCUAAGAUCCCUAUCGACUACUCCUGGGCCCAGAGCUCGGUCUCGUCCGAGCUCCUCUACGCCGGUAUGCCCAUCUCCGAUGUCUUCAGGGAGGACAUUGGUAUUGGUGGUGUCAUGUCUCUUCUUUGGUUCCGCCGCCGCCUUCCCCCCUAUGCUAGCAAGUUCUUGGAGAUGGUUCUCAUGCUUACCGCUGACCACGGUCCUGCCGUGUCCGGUGCCAUGAACACCAUCAUCACCACCCGUGCUGGCAAGGAUCUGAUCAGUGCUCUCGUUUCUGGUCUUCUGACCAUUGGUUCUCGUUUCGGUGGUGCCCUUGACGGUGCUGCUGAGGAGUUCACCAAGGCCUUCGACAAGGGUCUGAGCCCCCGUGACUUCGUUGACACCAUGAGGAAGGAGAACAAGCUCAUUCCUGGUAUCGGUCACCGUGUCAAGUCCCGUAACAACCCCGAUCUUCGUGUCGAACUGGUCAAGGAGUUCGCCAAGAAGCACUUCCCUAGCACUAAGCUGCUCGACUACGCCAUCGCUGUUGAGACUGUCACCACCUCGAAGAAGGACAACCUGAUUCUGAACGUCGACGGUUGCAUUGCUGUUUGCUUCGUCGACCUUAUGCGCAACUCCGGUGCCUUCUCCCCUGAGGAGGUCGAGGACUACAUGAAGAUGGGUGUCCUUAACGGUCUCUUCGUCUUGGGUCGCAGUAUUGGUCUGAUUGCCCACUACCUCGACCAGAAGCGCCUGCGUACCGGUCUCUACAGACAUCCUUGGGACGAUAUCACCUACCUGCUCCCUGCCCUGCAGAAGGGUGGAUCCGAAGGCCGUGUCGAGGUCAACAUCUAA